AUGGAGCCAAACUCGAGUUUCCCCCUAAACGGCACGAUUCCGGACCGGUUGUCCGGCUGGAAGCAGCCGUUAUACGUCCAAUGCCUUUUAAUCAUUGGUUACGGCGCCGUGUUCCUGUUGAACAUUGUCGGGAACCCGCUGGUGUGCCUGGUGGUGGUGAAGAAUAAAAACAUGCGGAACGUCACCAACUUCUUCAUCGUCAACGUGGCCGUCAGCGACUUCUUCGUGGGCGGAAUAUGCAUGCCGUUUACACUGGUGAACAACCUGAAAGCAGGCUGGGUGUUUGGAGAGGUGAUGUGUACGCUCCUUCCUAUGAUGAUGGGCAUGGCGGUAGUGGGGUCCGUGUACACACUAGUCGCCAUCGCUGUUGACAGAUACCUGGCUGUGAUGAAACCGACGGAUGGCAAACUGAGCAGCAAGGCGACUUCAGCGAUCAUCGCAACCAUCUGGGUGCUGGCCUGUGUCGUCAUGGUUCCCUCAGCUGUGAAGGCGCGGUACAAGGACGAAGACGGUCAUCCUACCUGCUCCGAGACGUGGCCCUCCCUGGAGAGCAAGCAAGCGUACUCCAUGUCCCUUUUCGUUAUUUGCUAUGUCGUGCCCCUCUCGGCCAUCACUGGUCUGUACCUCCGCGCAGGAAUCCGCCUGCACACCAGAAGCGCGCGACGCAAUCGUUCCGCAGAACGUAUCGCCCAGCUUCCCAAUCGGAGCCAACCCGAUAACAGACUUAGCAACAACGUCCGCAUCUUUAGAAUGAUGGUGGCCGUUGUUGCUCUGUUCGCAUCCCUGCACUUGCCACUCUGGGUAGCAACCCUGCUAAACGACUUCGCCACGCCUACCAGAGAGUUGUUUGAAGUCCUGUACACGUAUGUCUACCCGGUUGCCCACUGGCUGACGUACGCUAACAGUUGUGUGAAUCCCAUUCUGUACGCUUUCCUGAACAGAAACUUCAGACAGGGCUUUCUCAAAGCUUUUGUCAGCGCUAAAAAGUCUCGAAGGGUUGAAAAUCCCAGAGUGGAUUGCAACGGGAAAGACGGCCAUGCAAAACAGGACAGGGCCCGGUGUCGGCUGACGAUCGAAACCCCAUAUGACAGUCGGUUGCGGCGAACCACCCCUGCCACGCCAGCAACGGCUGUAGAUGAAGUCCCCAACAUCGGUGGGGCUACGACUAGAAGUUCUACUCCUCCUUCAGCAGCUGAAAACAAAUGCGUUGCACAGAUAUAG